GGGGCGGAGGGGAAACUGCGAGCGGCUGGCGUGCUGCGCUUGUUUGCUUUGAGGCUGUGUGCAGGGCGCUGGGAGGGCUGGAGAGCAUCCUAGUCCCAGGCUCUGAGCUCUGGCACGUCCCGAGAGCGCCCGGGGCACCGGAGGAGGAGCUGAGGUGCAGCCAGCAGGUCAGGCACGGGACUCUGGUGCGCUGCGCGAGGGAGCUUGGUGUGUAGUCCACGACUGCUGUGGUGUCCCUGCCGGGUAGAGUUUACCCUCCGUGCCUUCGUACAGGGCCAGGAAGGAGUCGGUAUGGCCUGGGCUCUGAAGCUGCCGCUGGCGGAUGAAGUGAUCGAGUCCGGGCUGGUGCAGGACUUCGAUGCUAGCCUGUCCGGCAUUGGCCAGGAACUGGGUGCUGGUGCUUAUAGCAUGAGUGAUGUCCUUGCAUUGCCCAUUUUUAAGCAAGAAGAGUCAAGCUUGCCUCCUGACAAUGAGAACGAAAUCCUACCUUUUCAGUAUGUUCUCUGCGCUGCCACCUCUCCUGCAGUGAAGCUCCACGAUGAAACCUUGACAUAUCUCAAUCAAGGACAGUCUUAUGAAAUCCGAAUGCUUGACAAUAGGAAACUUGGAGAACUUCCAGAAAUCAAUGGCAAGUUGGUAAAGAGCAUAUUUCGGGUAGUGUUCCAUGACAGGCGACUGCAGUACACUGAGCAUCAGCAGCUGGAAGGCUGGAGGUGGAACCGGCCUGGAGACAGGAUUCUCGACAUAGAUAUUCCAAUGUCUGUGGGUAUAAUUGAUCCCAGGGCCAAUCCUACCCAGCUAAAUACAGUGGAGUUUCUGUGGGACCCUGCAAAGAGGACAUCUGUGUUUAUUCAGGUGCACUGCAUUAGCACAGAGUUCACUAUGAGGAAGCAUGGUGGAGAAAAGGGGGUGCCAUUCCGAGUUCAAAUAGACACUUUCAAGGAGAAUGAGAAUGGGGAAUACACGGAGCACUUGCACUCAGCCAGCUGCCAGAUCAAGGUCUUCAAGCCUAAAGGUGCAGACAGAAAACAAAAAACAGAUAGAGAGAAAAUGGAGAAACGCACACCCCAUGAAAAAGAAAAAUAUCAACCUUCAUAUGAGACAACCAUACUCACAGAGUGCUCUCCAUGGCCUGAGAUCACCUAUGUCAACAAUUCCCCAUCACCUGGCUUCAACAGUUCCCAUAGCAGUUUCUCUCUUGGGGAAGGAAAUGGCUCACCAAACCACCAGCCAGAGCCACCCCCUCCAGUCACUGACAACCUCUUGCCAACAACCACGCCUCAGGAAGCCCAACAGUGGUUACAUCGAAACCGGUUUUCCACAUUCACAAGGCUCUUCACCAACUUUUCAGGGGCAGAUUUAUUGAAACUAACAAGAGAUGAUGUGAUCCAAAUCUGCGGCCCUGCAGAUGGAAUCAGACUUUUUAAUGCAUUAAAAGGCCGGAUGGUGCGUCCAAGGCUAACCAUUUAUGUCUGUCAGGAAUCAGUGCAGCUGAGGGAGCAGCAGCAGCAGCAGCCGCCCCCGCCGCCGCCACAACAGAAGCAGGAAGAUGGCGAUUCGAAUGGUACUUUCUUCGUGUACCAUGCUAUCUAUCUAGAAGAACUGACAGCUGUUGAAUUAACAGAAAAAAUUGCCCAGCUUUUCAGUAUUUCUCCUCACCAGAUCAGCCAAAUUUACAAGCAAGGGCCAACAGGAAUCCAUGUGCUCAUCAGUGACGAGAUGAUACAGAACUUUCAGGAAGAAGCCUGUUUUAUUCUGGACACAUUGAAAGAAACCAGUGAUAGCUAUCACAUCAUUCUGAAAUAGGAGUAUUCCACAUUUGCUGGCUGCUGCUUUCUUCCUCUGAUGGAUGCCCUUUUGAAGGGGACAUGACUGAAGAUUGAAGGUCUUCUGGAACCCAGCUUAUAUGAAUGUUGAGGGGUGUGUGCUGGGCAACCAGGCCCUAAAGUGGAAUCCCAGUCCCCUGUAUUGGCCCGAGGUGUAUGGCACCCUCAGAUCCCGCCAAACGUGGAAUUCAGCAACAAUCUGUUUAGUUUCUGGCCUUUGUUGGAUACCAGUGUGAACUCCCAUCAUUAGGGUGCACAGAGGGUUGAGUGAUAAUGGGAGUGGUAUGAUGUUUGAUCAAAGGAUCUUUAAUUUUGUGACAUAUAGCUCUUGCCAUUUUUCUUUUUUAGUUAUUUUUUGUUUGUUUUAUUUUUGUUGUGUUUGAGACAGGCUUUCUCUGUGUAACAGCCCUGGCUGUCCUGGAACUUACUCUGUAGACCAGGCUGGCCUCGAACUCACAGAGAUCCACCUGCCUCUGCCUCCCAAGUGCUGGUAUUAGAGGUGUGCGCCACCACCGCCCCGCCAUUGUUUUAGUAUAAAAGUGAACAUCUAUAUUCAUAAAGCUAAGUUAUCAGUCUCUUUUGUAUCAAACUUAUUGUCAUGCUUUAUUCACCUUUUGUGUGUGUGACAACAACUUCAGUGAGAAGAAAUAGAGAAGUUUUUUUUUUUUUUUUUUUUUUGAGACAGGGUUUCAUGACUAUGUCUCUACCUCCCAAGUGCUGAUAUUACAAGCGUUUGCCACCUUGCCUGUUUCUAUAGUGCUGGACUUGAACCCAGAGCCUCAUGUGUGCUAGGCAAGCACUCCUCCAACUGAGCUCCAGCAGGCCCUUCCCUGUUAUGUUAGGACAGAGUCUUGGGAUUUUUUAUUUUGGUUCACCUGCAGUACCACAACUGAGAGUGAUUUUGGCUAAUAUUUAUUGAGGUAGAUAGAGUGAUAAAUUCUGUAGAUGGAUUAUCUUGCUUUCAUCCUCUUGAUAAAUCCAUAAUAACUAGGGGAAAGAGUGACCCCCUAAAUGAAGAUAAGGAAGCACUGACAGAGUGGUAUAGCUUGCUAGGGGACAGGCCCCUACCAGGCGUGGCAUUCUGGGACCCUUAUAACUCCAUGUCUCAUAUCACUCUUUGUUGCCUGUGCUCACUCUCAUCUUUUACUGGACUACGCUGGAAACUGAUGAGUUAGCUACUGAAGAAGGGAGAGCAUACUUAAGUGAUGAUAAUCAAGACCUACAAACCAAACACACGCCUGCUCAGUGUCACCUCCAACCUCAAGCACAGAGCUGGAGGUGGGAGUGGCCACGGUGUCUUUAAUCCUAGAGCUCGUUGUUCUUGAAUGAUACUCUCAGUGUGUUUUUAAGUGAGUUAUUCCAACCCCUCUUUCCCCUCCCGUGGCCUAUUGUGGCAUAGUGUUUUACAAAAUAUAUCUAUCUAUAUAUAUAUAUAUACACAUUCUUUUCCCAUUCAAACUCACACCGUGUUUAUAUUCUGCCUUCCAAGUGACUGUCUGUGUGUAUGUGCACAAUUGUAAAGCAUUAUGAGUUUUUGUUUUUCACAUGUAAUGUUUUUUGUUUGUGUGCUUGUUUUGUUUUUUGAGACAAGGGUUUCUCUGUGUAACAGCCUUGGCUGUCCUGAAGCUCACUCUGUAGAUCAGGCUGGCCUUGAAUUCACAGAGAUCUGUCUGUCUCUGCCCCCAGUGCUGAGAUUAAAGGUGUGCCUCUCCAUUACCUGGCCACAUAUAAAUUUUUAUCCAGAAAUUUCCUUGGAUUUUGUUGAUACGAACAAAGAAGAUGUUAAAAGAUUCUGUGUUGGAUUGCAAUUUAUGUGUGUUUUAAAGCAUUUGAUAAAGUUUACUUUUUUAUAUA